AUGCCUAUUAUCCCUGCUCGUCGAUUCGCGACCCAGCGCCUGCACGCCGGCCAAUCGAUCAAAAUCAUAAACUCCUCCGGAGGCCAGGUCAUCGACACCUGGGCAUUCUCAAUUCCGCCAACGCCCGCUUUUCCAAGAUAUAUGUCAAUGACACACACUCGGUCCACAUUGCACAAGCUCCUUCCCUCUAUCAAUGAAUCUUUCCUCGACAAUAGACGGGAUCCUAUUUUGACGAUUGUCGAGGACACCUCUCCAGGCAUACAUGACGUUCUCUACGCUGCGUGUUCCCCAGAGCGCUAUCUUCAACUUGGUGCCGAUAAAGAACAUGACAACUGUGCCGAUAAUCUUCGUAGUGCUGUCCAGAAAUGCACAGAGCCAUCAUUCAGUCAUAUUAUGUCUUUCCUCGAGAGUGGAUGGAUGCCUGAUCCAUUGAAUCUAUUCAUGAAGGUCGAUAUCAAUGGUGUCAAUUUACAAUGCUUGAACCCGGACAGCAAGGCGGGAGAUUUUAUCACGUUGAAGGCGGAGCAAGAAUGUGUUGUGAUUAUGAGUGCUUGCCCAAUGGACUUGAGCGCUUGUAACGGGGAUGUGCCUAGCAGUGCAAACUUCGAAGUCAUUUGA